AUGGGUGAGCGUGGAGAGCAGAUAGUAUCGGGUGUUAACCAUAUAGGGGCAGAGGAGGCCACCUUCCCCAUCGUCUGUGAGACCUGUCUUGGUGACAACCCAUAUGUUAGAAUGCAGAAGGAACCCAUGGGUGAUGAAUGUAAGAUAUGUGAGAGGCCCUAUACUAUGUUCCGAUGGAAAGCUGGCUCCAAGGGGAGGUAUAAGCAGACCGUACUUUGCCAAAACUGUGCUAGGAUGAAAAACGUCUGUCAAGUUUGCAUCUUCGACCUGGACUUCGGGCUCCCAGUGCAAGUUCGAGAUAAGUUCCUGUCAGAGGCUGAGAAGUUAAGUCUACCCGAGUCUACUGUUGGCCGGGACUACCAGGCCCUUAACAAUUCUCAAAACGCCAAUCCAGCAUUGACCUAUGGCAAGCUAAAGCAUCACUCUAUGCUGCAGAAGUUGGCCCGGACCGCACCGUACUACGAACGGAACCAGGCUAGGAUAUGCUCCUUCUUUGUUAAAGGCACAUGCAAUCGCGGGGAUGAAUGCCCGUAUCGUCAUGAGAUGCCUAAGCCUGAGGGAAAUGAUCUGAACGAUCAGAAUAUACGGGACAGAUAUCACGGCACUGAUGACCCCGUGGCUAAGAAGAUACUCAAACAGGCAGCAGAGAAGUUCCAGUUGGAGGCACCAGAGGACACCUCCAUCACUACUCUUUAUAUUGGUGGGAUCGAUCCGAAUGCGCAGAUCGGGGAGAGCAACAUUCGUGCGGAAUUCGAAGAGUUCGGACAAAUAGACUCCAUCGUCCUCGUUGAGAAAUCAAACUGCGCGUUUGUCGAGUUCACCAGCCGUCAGUCUGCCGAGAAAGCCGCUGCGGAGAAGGGCGGCAGCAAUCUGGUUAUAAAUGGGGCUCGCCUUCGGGUCUCGUGGGCUAAGCCGAAAACCGGAGGACUCUCGGCUGGCUCAUCAGCUUUAGUAAAGGCCGCCGCUGAGGGAUCUGCCAUCAAACAGACGGUGCUGGCACCAGCUGGAUCUGGGGUGUAUCCGAGUAUGAACCCGAUGGUACACGGCAAUGCCCCGAUCCCUACAGCCACUCCUGAGCAACGAGCACGUCAGGACAAGAAAUAGUCGAGGAGGAGAAACCCCUCCCUAUCCAAAGACCAUUACAGUACAUAGUCUUAAUUCUGUAUCUUU